GAUCCUUUUCCCUCCCAUCCUGCCUUUACUGGGGAAGGGGGGUGGCCUGAGCCCGAGUGGCAUUCGCCAGCCUGGGAGCUGGGCCAUGUGGGGUGCAGACGGCCCCUGGGUGGUGAAGGUCCCCGUUGGCUCUGUGAAACGGACACAGUCAGGUCUGCCUCUCAGGGCUGGGGCGGGACCCGAGGAUUUAGGGGACAGUCCUGGCAGGGGAAGGCUCAGGACCCAAGCCAGCAUCCCACCCCGGCACUGUGUGGGGCUGGCCAGGUCACAGCUCUCUCUGAGCCUGUUUCCCGAGUGUGGAAGGGGUGAUGAUCUUGACCUCCCUGCGUCCUGAGCAGUCAAGCAGGUUGGGGGCGCCCGCCCCCCACUAGGCCAAGUGGAGGGGGUCCCUCCGCCCAAUGGGCCUGGCCAGGGCCCUACGCCGCCUGAGCGGCGUCCUGGAGUCGGGGGACAGCCGGGCCGGCGAUGAGGAGGAGGCCGGGCCGGGGCUCUGCCGCAACGGGUGGGCACCGGCGUUGACGCCGGUGGGCCGGCGCCGCGGCCGCUUCGUCAAGAAGGACGGGCACUGCAACGUGCGCUUCGUGAACCUGGGCGGCCAGGGCGCGCGCUACCUGAGCGACCUGUUCACCACGUGCGUGGACGUGCGCUGGCGCUGGAUGUGCCUGCUCUUCUCCUGCUCCUUCCUCGCCUCCUGGCUGCUCUUCGGCCUGGCCUUCUGGCUCAUCGCCUCGCUGCACGGCGACCUGGCCGCCCCGCCGCCGCCCGCGCCCUGCUUCUCCCAGGUGGCCAGCUUCCUGGCCGCCUUCCUCUUCGCGCUGGAGACGCAGACGUCCAUCGGCUACGGCGUGCGCAGCGUCACCGAGGAGUGCCCGGCCGCCGUGGCCGCCGUGGUGCUGCAGUGCAUCGCCGGCUGCGUGCUCGACGCCUUCGUGGUGGGCGCCGUCAUGGCCAAGAUGGCGAAGCCCAAGAAGCGCAACGAGACUCUAGUCUUCAGCGAGAACGCGGUCGUGGCGCUGCGCGACCACCGCCUCUGCCUCAUGUGGCGCGUGGGCAACCUGCGCCGCAGCCACCUGGUCGAGGCCCACGUGCGGGCGCAGCUGCUGCAGCCCCGAGUGACCCCAGAAGGUGAGUACAUCCCGCUGGACCACCAGGAUGUGGACGUGGGCUUUGAUGGAGGUACCGAUCGCAUCUUCCUUGUGUCUCCCAUCACCAUCGUGCAUGAGAUCGACUCUUCCAGUCCUCUGUAUGAGUUAGGACGUGCUGAGCUGGCCCGAGCAGACUUCGAGCUGGUGGUCAUUCUCGAGGGAAUGGUUGAAGCCACCGCCAUGACCACACAGUGUCGCUCGUCCUACCUCCCUGGUGAGUUGCUCUGGGGCCAUCGUUUUGAGCCAGUCCUCUUCCAGCGUGGCUCCCAGUAUGAGGUCGACUACCGCCACUUCCAUCGCACUUAUGAGGUCCCAGGGACACCUGUCUGCAGUGCCAAGGAGCUGGAUGAACGGGCAGAGCGGGCUUCCCAGAGCCCCAAGUCUAGCUUCCCUGGCUCUCUGGCCGCAUUUUGUUAUGAGAAUGAACUUGCACUGAGCUGCUGCCAGGAGGAAGAUGAGGAAGAAGAGGCCAAGGAGGGGGAUGGGAUGGAGACAGAAGAUGGGGCUGCCAGCCCCCGAGUUCUCACACCAACCCUGGCGCUGACCCUGCCCCCAUGAUGCAAGCUGAUGACCCCUUCCCUGUUUGUGUGCCCUCCCAGAGGUAGCAAGAUGGAGAGAUGGAGCCCUCUCCUGGGAUGGGGGUGGGUGUUUCCCAAGACCGACAAGCCUGCUGGGUAAAUGACCAGCUGGUGAGGUUCUGCCAUGCCUGAUGGACUCACCAUGGACAGACUGGACCUUAAUUCCUCUGCUUCUGUGCUUCUUCCUGAGACCCCUUUACGAGCCCAAUUCCUGAGUCUCACCAGAGCUGAGGGAUUCAGAAUUCUGGACCACCCAAGAGGCAAAGACUGGUGGUUCCAGAUUCGUCUACACGGUUGGUCCUGUGUUGUUAAGCAGGAUCAGAAAUCAAUGGUAUAGACCACCUCCAGGGGAGGAAGUCAGCAGUUCUUUAACAGUACCAGAGAUCAAGAGUUUGUAGGUCUGGAUUCACCUAAGAUUCAAGGGCUAUUGCUUCUCGAUUCAGCCAACCAAGUAGCAAAUCAUUUGUUCUAGACCACCUAAAGAGGGAAGGUUGUGGAAGGCCCCCAAGUACUCAAGACCAUCUUGAUUGACCAAAGACAAGGAAUGGUGACUGCAAGUCAAGAAAAGACCUGUGGUUCGAGAAAGCCCAAUAGUUGAGAUUCUGUGAGUCUAGGUUGACCACAGAGACAAGCAUUGGUGAUUCUAGAACAGGUUUUAUUUAGAGAGUUGAAUUACUCCAGAAACUAGAGUUAUGUUUCUAGAAUGCACAAAACAAUGGUGAGUUUGUGAGUUAAAACAGCUAAAGUGACAGACCAGGAGUUCUUUAUAUUAGAUAACUCCAACUUCUGGUUAUAGAGCAUCCAGCUGAGGGGAAUGAGCAGUGCUUCUGAAUGAUCCACAGGGUGGUGGUUUUCUUUUAAGUGCCAUUCUAGAAUGUCCACAAGGAAUCAGGAUUCUGUGGCCCUAGCUUAAUCACAGAGUCGAGGAAGGAGUGGCGAUUUGAGAUGUCUGAGAUUUGCUGGUUCCAGUUUGCCCAAUGGAGGUGGGAAUCAUGAUGAUUCUAGAUGACUUCUUGUGCUUCUGUAAUGCCAAAAGGAAUUAAGGCUCCAGGGAUCCAGAGUUUUCUAUUACCAAAGCCUGGACGUUCUAGUCACCUCCAGGUAAACUGCUCACCAGUUCUGGGAGGUGAACCCAGGACUUGAUGAACAGCAUUUCUGGGCUGACCUAGAAGGUGAGGGUUCAGGUGAGACCCUGUAGGUCACAGGGCUAAUUAGUGGGCAAUGGAAGGGGGAGGCCCAAGGCUGGUGAGUCUAGAGUGUUCUGGAAUCUUACACCUAGUGAUGUGUGUC